AUGGACGCCAUGAUCAAGGAACGGAGUCGCCUCGUCAAUGCGCGUCUGCGCGAUGAACACAACCAUGAAUCCGGCUGGAAGAUGGCCCGCACCCCUUCCGACGAGGAUUUGUGGAAACGCAUCCAGAAACAGAACGACGAUGCCAUCGCUCAGCAAAUCCAAGCUGAUUCAGCCCCGGUCGAGGCCGGAGCCAUCGAGACUGGCGAGGGCUAUUCUCAGGCUGACUUUUUGGCCUUGCUGAGUGGCGCAGCAGCGCCAGCACUCUCAGAGGACGAUGAAUCUGCCAGCAUGGACACGAGCGCCGACGCUUCACCAGCCCCAGCACCACCAGCCCAAGCGGGGAAUCGACCCGUGCGCGCCGAUUGGACUUUUGACCGGGCCUCAUACAAGCCUGCGUUGGCUAUGGACCCCGCUGCCCGUGCCCUCAAACUUCGCCAAACCAUGGCCAAAAGCCGCCGGCGUGGGCAUGCUGGCUCCAAACGAACGAUCUUGCACAGUCGUGCCGUGGAUGAUGCCGACGUGAAUCUGAGUCUUCAAGCGGGAGAGGUGUUGACCAAGGCCAAGGUCACGCGCAGUCCUCUGGGCUCACGUGCGGAAAGCCGCGCUGAGAGCGAGGGUCAGGCAUCCUUUGAUUCCGCCCUCUCAGACAGCGGUGGCUUGCGCCGGGUGGGCAAUAACCGCCCUGGCAUGUUCUUCCCCGAGCCAAACGAGGCAUCUGCCUAUGAUCGCCGUUUCUCCGUGGAUCUGAACGAAGCGAGUCCGGACGAUGAUGAGACCACCGCCAAGCUUGAGCGAGCACUCAAUCGCACCGACUCGAUGCGCAGUCACGGUAGCGAAACGGGUCGCCCGCUCCCCUCAACUCGACCAGACCUUGAUACGCUAGUGGAAGAUGAGGACGACGAUGGCCUGCCCAGCAUCCAUACCCCGCCCCCAACCGAUGAGGUCGAGCCAAACUCCUCGGUCAGCAUCAGUCAAUAUGAUCGGGACUUCCGCGUCGCCUCCAGUGAGGCUUUGACAGAGGAUUUGACUGAGGGUGCUGACGACGUAUUUAUUGCCGAAAGCGCGGCGAACACGGAAGAAUGUGGGGCGACGUCCACGGAGGCCGCCGAGGGCACCGUCGUCAUGCGCCGUGCCUCCUUUGCCAUGGCAGCUCCAGGACGGCGCACCUCCUACGUGGGCCUGGUCCCUGCCGUCACCGUACAAGAACCGUCCAAGAGCCCCGUGCGUUCGGACACCGCUGCGAGCCACCCGUACCAGCCCACCCACAAGGAUGAACCUCGGGCAGCUGCCCCGACACCCCCUCUGCUCAGGCGGCGCUCCAACAGCAACCCUGAGCGCAUGCAAGGCAUUCUUAAGGUUUCCCUGCAAGCUCAGCAGAGCCUUGAGGACGAACGUCAGAACCGGUCAUGCACACCACCACCACCCCUUGAACGCCGCCACUCGGGCUCUUUGGAUACCGCGUUGGACGCAUUGGAUGAUGAAGAUGAGGCGGUUACGGGCGUGGCCCCAACUCUGGUGCGCAAGGGCACCAUCACCAAGGGCAUCAAGGCUCACAAGCAUCGCAAGCGUGGUGGUGUGCGUGCCGCUGGGUCCCGGUCGCCACCCCAAGCCAACGUGGUGCCGACCAAAGCUCGAGCCGGGGCUGCCACCUUGGCGGAUACGCCUCAGGCCAUGGAAACACAGAUGAGCGAUGCUAUUGCGGCAGAAUCCAGCACUGAGGUGCCGACAUGGAAGCGCGAGGCUUUGCGCCGACGCUCGGCUCGGCUGUCUAGCCGCCGCCAAAAAUCGUCCAGCACUGAGCCUGAACCCAACUCGUCCGAAAACGAGCUCGCAUCGGCACUUGAGCGCAUUCGCCGGACUGGAAGUUUCAAGAAGACCAAGCCCUCGUCCAGUUCCGUUGGUACAUCGGGACCAGCGACGAUUCCUGAAGAUCGGAUCGCCUCGCAUUCACCUGCUGCCGCUGCCACCUCGUCUGGGCGCCGCUCGCCUCGUGGCUCAGUGACGCUGCAGAAUGAGUGGAAUCGCGACUUUUCACAGGCAGAGUUGGAUGCCAUGCCACCUUGGAAGCGUGAGUUUGUGCUGCGCAAGCGCAGCUCGGCUCGGUUGCUGGAUCCAACGUCUUAG